AUGGUCUAUCUUUUUUCUAUCGCGUCCUUUGCUUUACUCGCUACGAUUGCCGUCGUCGGGCACCCAGGAGCUGCUCCAAUGAGCGGCGCCGAGGUCGCCCGCCGUUCGCAGCUUCAGCAGGCUACCCGCCGCUCUCUUGGGGCAUGCCAGGACACCCUGGCGCGCCGUAACAAGAUGGAGAAGUCAGCAGCACGUCGUGCGGCCCUAGCUGACGAACUUCGAAAGAAGCGAGGCCUCCCCACUCGUUCGCAAUACAAGCGCGCUCUCACGUUGGAAGAAGUCUUGAACACCGAUCACCACUCGAAUGCGACUGGCCUUACGGUCGACUCUGAUCCCUUUUCCGCAGACGCGUCCUGCGUGCUCACUCCUGAGCUCGAACAAGGACCUUUCUAUGUUAAGGGAGAAUACGUCCGCAGGACCGUCUCAGAGGACCAGCCCGGCCUCUAUUCCUACGUCGAUCUUGAACUUAUCGACGUAUCGACCUGCGAGCCUCUUACUGGAGUGUACAUCGACUUUUGGCACUGCAACUCCACCGGUGUCUAUGCGGGAGUUAUAGAAUCUGGGAAUGGUGAUUCCAGCGACUUCUCGAACCUCGAUGCGACGUUCCUCCGUGGCAUUCAGCCGACUAACGAUGAAGGAUACGCGUCGUUUGAGACCGUCUUCCCUGGUACACACUAUUCCGGCCGAGCCACCCAUUUCCACACCGUCGUUCACAGUGACGGGACCCUCUUCGACAACGGUACCUUUACAGCCUCUAGUGAACACCACAUCGGCCAAAUCUUCUUCGACCAAUCCUUGAUCACCGCGGUUGAACUCACGUCGCCCUACAGCAACAACACCGUCGCGGUCACUACCAACUCUGUUGAUCGGGUGUUCGCCCUUGGCGUUGAACCUGAUGAUGGAUCCACUGGUGUCGACCCUGUUCUUGAGUAUGUUUACCUUGGUGACGACGUGUCGGACGGUCUUCUUCUCUGGGGCACCAUCGGCGUCGAUAUGAGUGCCAGCUUCACCAUUUCUCCGGCUGCCACCUUGACUGAGGAUGGUGGUGUUCUGAAUGAAGGUUCCUCUGGAGGAGGCCCGGGUGAAGAAUUUCCUGGUGCCGGAGAUGGCAACACCUUUUGA